CCACAACCACAACCCCGUCGAUUCCCCUCCUCCUUAUAAAGCCCUUCAUAUUCUGGAAGAAGCACGGAUCCAAAACCCUCUCUUCCACCACGCGACUCUUUUGGAACCUCUCCAAGGCCAUGUUCUCUUCCUCCUUCUCCCCCGAACCCCACUCCUCCUUCUACCUCGCUCUCGUCGUCCACAACCGCAUCGUUCUCCUCCUCGGCGAUUCCCCCAAAGACGCCUACUCCAAGUCCAAGGCUCUCCACGCUAACAACCCCAACUCCCUACUCCUCAAGAAGGAACAUGUCUUUGCCGACACCGUUUACUCCACCACCGCCAUUUUCGGCGGAAAGACCCGACGUAUUCAAAUCGACUGUGGCUCCUCCAAGGAUAACGACUCUGCCUCCUCCAAGCUCUCUUUCUCCGUCGACGGUGACAGGGUGCUGCAAAUAAAGCGCCUCAAGUGGAAGUUUAGGGGGAAUGAGAGAGUUGAAAGCAUGGAGGGAGCGCCGGAGCUUCUCCCGAAAGAGAAGGAUUCAGAAGGCGGCGAAGGUGGAAACGAACAAGGACAACAAGGGAAGGCGUCAAAGGGAGAAGAACGAGCUAGCGAAUCACCUUGUGAAACUGAGUCGCAGCGCAGUGUGAUGAAGAGUUCAGAUAAACCUCCGAUGGGGUGA